AUGACGGCGCUCGGGAGCCUCGGGGGGCUGUUCGAGAAGCCGACGCUGGUGGCGCCGCUUCCCUGGGGGGAGAUCAAGGCGGAGGGGGCUGGAUUCAGUGAGAUCUUCGGGGAGCUGCAUUUCGAGGAGAGGGGACCGGCGGAGGACCAGGAGACUCCGCCGUCGACGGCAGCUCAGGGCGCCGCCGGAGGAGGCUUCCCGUCGCCGCCUGGGAUGCCAGCGGGGGCCAGCGGCGGGGGGAGCUACUCCUCCAGGGGGCAUACCGAGUCCCUGCAAUUCUGCACCGAGGGGCUAGGGUUUGAGAGCUCCGACGACGUGGAGGACCUCUCCGGCUGGGAAUGGGGAGCCGGAAGGGGCAAGGAGGCGGCGGCGCACCGGCGGUCGGCGUCGGAAGGUUGCUCGAGGUACUGCUCACGCCGCCGUGGGAGGACGAAGCCGGACUUCCCGCCGCCCAUCUCCUGCUUCGGUAGCGGCGGCGGGAAGCCCUGCGUCCGCUUCAGGUCCUUCCGCCAGGACGGGAGGUUCGUCCUCACGGAGGUCCCCCUUCCCUGCCAGGAGUUCUUGCGGGCUUUCCGCAAGGACGGCCGGUUGAUGCUCCACUUCGUCCAGCCAGCCGCAGCAGACCUCAAUGAAGUUGCAGAGGACCCAGGCGACGGCGACGUUUACGGCGACGGCGAGGAAGGAGGAAAGGAACCAGAGGAAGACGAUGGAGCCCCAGACAAGACCGAAUGA